UCCGGUAAUAAUAUUCGGUAGCGAUGUCGACGUCUUCAGCGGCCGCUGGGACUCCGCCUCGCGCCUCUUGCUGCUGCUGGUGGUGGCCGGCCCGUUGACGACGCCUCCGCCGGCCGACGGCAUGAGAGUGUUGGCCGUGGAAACGAUCGCGGGCAAGAGUCACUGGAACUUCAUGCGGGCCGUGCUCCGGUCGCUGACGGACGCCGGGCACGCGGUGACCGUGUUCACGCCGUUCCCGGACGGCGAUCGGGAUAAUUACACGGAGGUGGACACGUCCGCGGCGUUCCGCAUGAAGCUAGACGUGGACCUGGCCGAGGUGCUGGAAAAAUUCGCCAAACCGUCGUCUAUACUGCCGCUGAUCGUCACCAUCAGCCGGUCGCUGUGCGACGCCAUAUUCCGAGACGACCGGAUGGUGGCCGCGAUGCGACCGAGCAGCGACGGCGGCAGCGUUUACGACAUGGUCAUCGUCGAACCAGUGGGCUCGGAGUGCGUAUCGCACGCCGCCACCGCGAUGGGGCUGCCGCUGGUGUUCGUCGUCCCGUCGCCGAUGAUCAGCCACUUCGAAGGCCCGUUCCUGGGACACGUCCCGAACCCGGCCGCCGUGUCACACUUGAUGGCCGGCCACGCGGUGCCCCGAUCGUUCGUUCAGCGGUUCGGCAACUCCGUCCUGUUGGCGUACAGUGUGUUCUUGGUUCGGUACGCGGAGUGGUCGUUAAAGCGCCAAGACGCCGCCGCGCCGAAACCGUUUGACGUCCUGGAGCCCGUCCGCCCGUCCGCGGUGUUCGUCAACAGCCAUUUCGCCACCGAAGCCUCCAGGCCCCUGCCGCCGAACGUCGUGCAUGUCGGUGGACUGCAUUUAGAACAACCCAAGAGCUUGCCUCCCGAUAUUUUAGAAUUCAUCAAUGAGUCAUCUCAUGGAGUAAUUUACUUUACUUUUGGUUCGGUUGUGAAAAUGUCGACAAUGCCGAAUUAUAUUCAAAAAUCAUUUAAAGAAGCAUUAGCUCAAGUACCUCAAAGAGUUUUGUGGAAAUAUGAAGGUGAAAUGGAGGAUGUACCACCAAACGUGAUGAUUAAAAAAUGGUUUCCUCAACGUGACAUACUUUUGCACCCUAAUGUAAAAUUGUUUAUCAGUCAUGGAGGUAUAUCUGGAGUUUAUGAAACUGUGGACGCCGGCGUUCCAGUUCUCGGAUUUCCGUUAUUUUAUGAUCAACAUAGAAAUAUUGCUAAUUUAGUUGAUGCUGGAAUGGCGAUUUCUAUGGAACUAUUAUCUGUGUCUACAGAUAUAAUUUUAAAUUCUAUUUUGGAACUUAUUAACAAUGAAAAGUAA